AUGGAGAAAGGUCUGUUUGAGCUCUGGAAGAACAUCUUCCAGGGACAGGCGUCGUCCGCCAAGGAUAAAGAAUCCUCUGGCAACUACAGCACUUUGGAGUCGGAGAUCGUAUCGUGCUCUCAACAAGACAAACUGCUGGAGGGUGUCUAUGAGAAUUUCAAUUUGAAUAUGACCAACGACUAUUCAUUUGAAAAGACCGUCGAGUGUUUGGAAUGGUUUACCUAUUCGGAUUUGGUACACGAUGAACGAUACCGCUCGUUGAUACCACUGGCUAUACACAGCAAAUGCAACUCAAUGUCACCAAAGGUCAGUCACCCACAGUCUGGAUAUGCCAACUUUAUCAAACUCAAACACUCACAGAGUGUCAUUGAUUCGUUUUUACAAUCGGAAUUGGUUCCACCCAUGGUAUAUGCAAGCUUAACAAAGACCAUCUUUGUUAGAGAUUUCAUUUCACCAUUCCUCGAUAUUCUAGCAAUGCCAAUUAGAUCUGUAAAUCCACAUUUAUACAGUCAAAAGGAGAAACAAAGUUUGAAUAAUCUUGUUGAAAUUAUGAAGCACUAUAACAUCAAUUAUACUUUGGAGAAUAACAUAUCCCAUUCAUUACAAUAUGUAUUAAAUCCACCAAUAGAUAAUUUAAUUCAAUUCAAUUUUAUGGAUAAAACACCAAGUAAACAUUUACAUUUAUCAAAUACUCAAAAACAAAUCAUUUCAAUUGCUGUAAUACAAAAAGUAAAUAAAAAAGAAGUACAAGAAAAAGAAUCGAAACCUAAAGAGAAAGCAGAAACUGCUCCUGCAUUUAAAGUACCUACACCACCAAGCACACCAAAACCACAAAACAUCGUUGAACAUGUACCCAAAGACUUUUUUGGAAGACCUAUACAAUUAUCACCUGAAAGUACAAACAAGAAAAAUAUAAAAGAAUCAACUGUAUCAAAGAUUAAAUAUAGAUAUCAAGAAGGUUUCACCAAUGCCGUUAAAAAGAGUGCCUAUAUCAAAGACUUUUUAUAA